GUCCGGUCCGGGUUCGCUUGCCUCGUCAGCGUCCGCGUUUUUCCUGGCCCCCCCCCAACCCCCCCGGACAGGACCCCCUUGAGCUCGUCCCUCAGCUGCCACCAUGAGCGACCAAGAUCACUCCAUGGAUGAAAUGACAGCCGUGGUAAAGAUUGAAAAAGGAGUUGGUGGCAACAAUGGGGGCAAUGGUAAUGGUGGUGGUGCCUUUUCUCAAGCUCGCAGCAACAGCACUGGCAGUAGCAGCAGUGGAGGAGGGCAGGAAUCCCAGCCAUCCCCUUUGGCCCUGCUGGCAGCAACUUGCAGCCGAAUUGAGUCACCCAAUGAGAACAGCAAUAACUCCCAGGGUCCAAGCCAGUCUGGGGGCACAGGUGAGCUGGACCUUACAGCCACACAACUCUCACAGGGUGCCAAUGGCUGGCAGAUCAUCUCUUCCUCCUCUGGGGCUACCCCUACCUCAAAGGAACAGAGUGGCAGCAAUACCAAUGGCAGCAAUGGCAGUGAGUCUUCCAAAAAUCGCGCAGUGUCUGGUGGGCAAUAUGUUGUGGCUGCUACCCCCAAUUUACAGAACCAGCAAGUCCUGACAGGACUACCUGGGGUGAUGCCCAACAUUCAGUAUCAAGUAAUCCCACAGUUCCAGACCGUUGAUGGGCAACAGCUGCAGUUUGCUGCCACUGGGGCUCAAGUGCAGCAGGAUGGUUCUGGUCAAAUACAGAUCAUACCAGGUGCAAACCAACAGAUCAUCACAAAUCGAGGAAGUGGAGGCAACAUUAUUGCUGCUAUGCCAAACCUCCUCCAGCAGGCUGUCCCCCUUCAGGGCCUGGCUAAUAAUGUGCUCUCAGGACAGACUCAGUAUGUGGCCAAUGUACCCGUGGCCCUGAAUGGGAACAUCACCUUGCUACCUGUCAAUAGCGUUUCUGCAGCUACCUUGACUCCCAGUUCUCAGGCAGUCACGAUCAGCAGCUCUGGGUCCCAGGAGAGCGGCUCACAGCCUGUCACCUCAGGGACUGCCAUCAGUUCUGCCAGCUUGGUAUCAUCGCAAGCCAGUUCCAGCUCCUUUUUCACCAAUGCCAAUAGCUACUCAACAACUACUACCACCAGCAACAUGGGAAUUAUGAACUUUACCACCAGCGGAUCAGCAGGGACCAACUCACAAGGCCAGACACCCCAGAGGGUCAGUGGGCUACAGGGAUCUGAUGCUUUGAACAUCCAGCAGAACCAGACAUCUGGAGGCUCACUGCAAGCAACUCAGCAAAAAGAGGGAGAGCAAAACCAGCAGACACAGCAACAACAGAUUCUUAUCCAGCCUCAGCUAGUUCAAGGAGGACAGGCCCUCCAAGCCCUCCAAGCAGCACCAUUGUCAGGGCAGACCUUUACAACUCAAGCUAUCUCCCAGGAAACCCUCCAGAACCUCCAGCUUCAGGCUGUUCCAAACUCUGGCCCCAUCAUCAUCCGGACACCAACAGUGGGGCCCAAUGGACAGGUCAGUUGGCAGACUCUUCAGCUGCAGAACCUCCAAGUUCAGAACCCACAGGCCCAGACCAUCACCUUGGCCCCAAUGCAGGGUGUUUCCUUGGGGCAGAGCAGCAGCAGCAACACCACCCUUACGCCCAUUGCCUCAGCUGCCUCCCUCCCUGCCGGCACAGUCACUGUGAAUGCUGCUCAACUCUCCUCCAUGCCAGGCCUCCAGACCAUUAACCUCAGUGCAUUGGGUGCUUCAGGAAUCCAGGUGCACCAGCUUCCAGGCCUGCCUUUGACCAUAGCAAAUGCCUCAGGUGAUCAUGGAGCUCAGCUUGGCCUCCAUGGGGCUGGUGCUGAUGGAAUGCAUGAUGACACAGCAGGCGCAGAGGAAGGAGAGAACAGCCCAGAUCCCCAACCCCAACCUGGUCGGAGGACUCGGCGGGAAGCAUGCACCUGCCCCUAUUGUAAAGACAGUGAAGGGAGGGGCUCUGGGGACCCAGGCAAAAAGAAACAGCACAUUUGUCACAUCCAAGGUUGUGGCAAAGUAUAUGGCAAGACGUCACACCUACGGGCACACUUGCGCUGGCACACAGGCGAGAGGCCAUUUAUGUGUACCUGGUCGUACUGUGGGAAACGCUUCACUCGUUCUGAUGAGCUACAGAGGCACAAACGCACACACACAGGUGAGAAGAAAUUUGCCUGUCCUGAGUGUCCAAAGCGCUUCAUGAGGAGUGACCAUCUGUCAAAACAUAUCAAGACCCACCAGAAUAAGAAGGGGGGCCCAGGUGUAGCCCUGAGUGUGGGCACUUUGCCUCUGGACAGUGGGGCAGGUUCAGAAGGCAGCGGCACUGCCACCCCUUCAGCCCUUAUUACCACCAAUAUGGUAGCCAUGGAGGCCAUCUGUCCAGAGGGUAUUGCCCGCCUUGCCAACAGUGGCAUCAACGUCAUGCAGGUGGCGGAUCUGCAGUCCAUUAAUAUCAGUGGCAAUGGCUUCUGAGAUCAGGCACCCGGGGCUAGAGACAUGUGGGCCACACCCAUCAACCCCGGGAUGCAAGGUAGCAUGGGUCCAAGAGACAUGUGGGAGAAAGAGCCAUGAGGCAUUAAAAUGCAUAGGGGUGGGAAGAAUUGGGAGAGGGAUACAAGAGAAGAGUUGGGGUCCUGGCACCUGCCGAUGUCAUCAGUGCCUGCUUGAAGUGGGAAACAUUAGUGAAAAUUCUGUUGGUGCCACCCUUUGAUGAACAUUUGUUUGACCCCAGACUGUUUCUUCUUACAUUUCUUACCCUCACCUCCCCUUCCUGCCUUUCCCUUCUCAGCUCCCCAUGAUGGAUCCCCCCCUUUCCUAAAGCCAUCAUGCCUUGAUAAAUAUAUAUGAUCAUUGAAAUACUUUUUAACAGAAAACAGAUUCUAUAUUAUAUAUAUAUAUAUCUAUAUAUAUAAAAAGAUAUAUAAAGAUGCAUUUGCAGGGGUUGGCUGGGAGGAGGAAGGAGACCAUUCUGUGACCAAAAUACCUUGGUCAUUUUUUUAUAUUGCCUUAUUUCCCCUAUGGCUGAGCCUUGUUGUGACACAUCAGGAUUUUCUAUAGAUGUUGUCUUGGCUUCCCACCAGAUUAAGCAUUCAUAUGCUCUGCUUUUAGUUUAUAUAUGCAUCCAUAAUGUUUUUCCUUUCUUAAUUUUGUCUUUUUAUUUGGGAUCAGCUUCAUGCACUCCUUUCCUGACUCACCCCUUUCUGUCUCCCCUUCUCUAACCUGAUCACUGCAUGUUUUGUUUUUGAUCUUGAUCCCUGAAUGAGGCACUUCUGUCAAUAAUCUUUUGAAGUCCUUAAUCCCAGCAGUAGAAUGGAGAAGCCUUGAAGCCCAGGCUGUGGUGCUCGAGGUAGCUGUAGAGGGGGUGUGUAAAAAACUACUGACGCAGGCACCAUGUUGGCGCUGGAGAGUCAAAGACACUUCCCUUCGCUAGCCGCUCUAAGCAUUGAGAAUUGGAAGUCUUUCUAUGGAAAUGGACAGGAGACGCUUUGAAAGUGAUAAUCUGGGAUCAGAAUGUAUAGGCUGGUUUUUUUGUGUUUUUUUUUUUUUUCCAAAAAAAAAAAGAUGGUCUAAUAAUAGAUAUAGGCUUUCAAUAGGAAAAUGAUGUGCUCAGAAGAGGAGGUGACUCAGAGUAGUUGGGUUCAAGAAUGAGUUAUUGGAGUAUUUGAACAGUACAGCUGUCUUCCUUCCAAGGUAGCUCUAGGCUUUGAUGUGUGGGCUUCUGAGUUUUCAUUCUAAAAGGAAAUACACUUCCUUUUUUGAAUGCUCCCACUAGUUUCUUUCCCAUUAUGUUAUUAAGGAGCAUCAACCAAUGAAUCUGUUCCUGGUUUCUAUUCUGCAGAACUCCAGACCAUGUACUCUAGUGGAAGGCAGAGGUUCUUAUGUUCUGUUCCCUUAACUCUUUUUUUAUUAUGUUGGUGGUUUCUAAAGGAAAAGGAAGCACAGGAUCAUGGGAAUGUUCACCCAGAACGAAAAGGAAUUUUGUCUUACCACUGUGGUUUAGCGGAGAGAUCAGGAGAAAUCAUCCUGCUUUUUCCAUGGCCUGAUUCCAGAAGAGAGUGAUCCAAAAAUUAUGGCGGCAGGGAGCUCAGUGCAUUUGGCACUGAGAUUUAAAUGCAACCAUAAUUGUCCUUGAGGCCCAGCUAUUAAAGCAUCGUCUCUCUUGACCUUCUGGUAUUUUGUCAGAGAGCUUUUCACUGUGAGGAAGUGUGGAAAUGGCUGUGUGUGUGUGUGUGUGUAAUCUGUUAGAUUGGGGAUAGGUUUUCUGUUAGCCAAUUCUAAAAGAGAUCUGCAAUAAAAAAUUACCCUGAUCUGAUAGAAAGUGAAGUGUUUGUGAAAGAUUGUGUAUGUGAAUAUGUGUUCAUGCCUGUAUAUAUCUACACACAGAUGUGAAAUUAUAUUUGAAAUUGUUGGAAAGUAAAUCAAAUCCAGAUCAAAAUGCCUUUCAGUCCCAUUAUCUAGACAUCUCUUAAAACCUAGGUAUGUUCCUGAGGUUAUUUCUUUGCUUAUGCUAAAUCAGUUACAAUUAUGAAUGGGAGUAUUCUGCACUUUUAAAAGAGGAAACUUUUUUUUGUGUUUUAAGUGAAACCAAUAUCCAGAUCUAUAGCAAAGUCCUAGUUCUUUUCAUAGGUCUUAGGCCAAUAGAUGUUGUUAUACAUAGACGAGGCUAUGAUUCUACUAUAUAUUUUACAUAAAAUUCAUCCAAAUUAGGGUUUGGGGAACUUUGUAUUGCUGUUUGUUGUUUAACCUGAAAUACAAUAACUGUUAAUAUUCUAAACAAUAGUUUACUCCAUUUGGUCCUUCUUCCUGCAGUUUUAUUACUAUUUUCAACACUCAGGAACUACUGCAAGGAACUUUUCCCAGAUCACAUUCUGUUAAUUCUGAAGUAAAAUCAUCCAUGCCCAGCUGCUGUGAUACCCUUUAUUCCCACUGACAGAACUCAGAACCUUUUAUUUUAUAUCUGUAAUCAUGUCCAUUGGCAUCUUUUGGAGGAAAGGGUUGAAUAACUCGUUGAAGUGUGCAGUAUUUUACUCCUCCAGUAUGAAAUAAUUAGAUGUAAACUAGCUUAAUGAUGCUGAGAGCAACAAACUUGUAGAAGUUAUUUGAUGAUGUUUCUCUCUUGGAUGGAAAGCUGCUGGUUUACCCUUAACCCCUUCAUUACCAUUACUAUGAGUGAAUUUUUUUCUACUUGCCCUGAUCCCUUCCCUACAAGGAAGCUCCAGAUCCAGUAUUUUGUUUGGUCCUAGAACUAAAGCAACUUCUGCUUUUGUCUCCCAGCAGCAAUGAGCCACUCAGUCUUUUCCACAGGAAGUUAGGAGCCUACAUUCCUUGAGUCAAGAGCUCUUUACUGAAAACCCCGUUUCCCUGAACUUUUUGCCAGCAGAAAUUAAUGUAACUGACAGGCAUAUUGAUUCUGAAUUUUUUUCAAGUCACUUUUUAAAUUUUAUUUCUCUAAUGACCAAACCUCGUGGGGAGGAGGGGGUGUCCAGAGGAGUGGUAAAGUUAAAGCACUCAUUCCCUUGUCCUUUAAGUUGCCCAUUCACACUCAUCUGUUUAUCAUUUGACUGUGUCACCUUCUACCCAGAGCAGUAACAACCCAUACCAUCUUCCUUCAGGGACCUCUCUGUUGGCACCCUGUUUUGGGGUGCUGUGCAGAAUGCAAUUUAAUGGAUAUUUCUCAGCCUGGUUCAGAAUAAAUGGAAGCCGUGAUCCCAGAAAGUAUAGACUGAAGUGUGGGGUAAAGAUUAUGAUUGUGGGAGGGGAGGGUUGGAGACAAAAGCUGUAAAUUACUAUGGCUGAUUUAUUUCUACUAUAUACAUAUAUAUUUUUUUUGCUUUUGUAUAUCCUAUAUAGGAAACUAAGCAUUGUAUUUUUUUAACAAAUCUGAGAAAGCACUAUGAACUGCAGGUGUUUGACUUUCAGAAUAUAUUUUGUAUUGUUAAUAUCUUCACAUUGUGUGAAUACUGGAAGCUGCAGAUCUUUGCUAGGACGCAAUAAAUUUAUAUACUUUU